AUGUCCUCCUCUCCAUCUCCCACGUCGCCUUCCGUCCAGACUGUGGAGAGUGCGAGGGAUCCUCCGGCUGCGUCACGGGAAUACCUUCUUGAUGUAGAACACCCAGUGUUUAAGCACUUCAGGCUCAUCAAGCGGGAGGAGGGCAAGGCACAGCAGUACGAGUGCAAAUACUGCCCCCUUGUCUUCUCUGGUGCCGCCAUCCGUUGCGCUCAACACCUGACGUCAUGGAAGACCAUGAAGCGCCGGGAGGUGACACUUUGCAAGAAUGCCCCGGCUGAUGUUCGCCUCGCGAUGAAGUCCAAGUACGAGAAGCAGGCCGCAGUUGCAGAGGAGAGGCGGAGAUCGACUGAGGCUGCGAUUGCCUCGGGGACACCAGGUGGGAAGCGGUCCCCCAUAACCAACUAUCUCGCGGGCAACGCUGCAUCGACAAGACGCGAAGCACAUCGGUCGCUUGCGCUGAUGUUUGGGGGAUGUCAUAUCCCGGAGCAGAUCGUCGACCAUCCUCUCUUCGUCAACGCAAUCAGAGACGUCACCCGCGCCGGCGAAAACUAUGUUCCACCAGGCCGGAAGUACAUCGCCGGUAGCGGUCUUCAAGCAUGCCGCAGUGGCAUCGAAAGCGGGUUGGUGGGCAUCAAAGCAAGCUGGAAAAAGGUUGGAGUAACUGUCGCGUCCGACAUGAUGACGGACAAAAACGGGAGGCUGCAGGCAAAUGUCUUCCUCGUUAACGACGCGGGCGCCGUGUUGCAUGUGUGCGUGGACUGCAACAUGGAGAAGAAGAUAGGGGGAUACAUUGCGGGGUUACUAAAGCCCGUGGUGGAGGAGGUGGGGGCGGAGAACAUCGUCGCUUUUUGUACGGACGGCGGCUCCAACUACCCGGUUGCGUGCCAGAUCUUGGUUGCAGAAUGGCCCCACAUUCAGAUUGUCCCUUGUGCGACCCACGUCCUGGAUCUCCUCAUGGAGGAUGUGGGGAAGCUUGGGUGGGCGAAAGGGGUGGUGGAUCGGGCUGGGGAAAUGAAUGGUGCUCUCCGACCUGUGGAAAGAUUGGGCGGUGGGGGAUCGAAAGAAAGCAGCGGAGGGUUUGCUGCGCAGGUACUCGAUGCGGCUUGGUGGAAGACCGCCAAGUUCUUCACGAAGCUCAUAAAGCUCCCCUUCAUCGCGAUGCGGCAGACGGAUGGGAGCGCAAAGGGGAUGAUGGGGCGAAUGUACGACAUAAUGCUCCAACUUACCGAGGAUGUGGAGGCCCUUGUCGACGCGGAUGAGGAGCAGUUGUCCAGCACCGACAAGCAGCAGAUCCGCCACAUCCUGAAAAACAGGUGGGACGGGAGUCUUGCAUGUGCCAUGCACGUGGCGGGACGUAUCCUCAACCCUGCCAACCAAGAGGAGGACAUCUUCGGCGGGGAUGCGGAAUGCACAAGGGUGUUCAAGGCUUUCCUCUCCAAACAUAUGGAGUUCCUCACCGUGCGGGAGAAGGAGGGGGUGAUGAGUGCGACUAUUUUCUCGCAUUGGGGGACCAGCUGA